AUUAUUUGGAAAAAUUAGAUAAAGGCCUAUUAUUUAAUACUAAAUUAUUGAGUAGUUAUCAAGAAUUUACCCAAAAGUACAAAUAGGGUUUAGCAUUAACUGUAUUGUUUAUUUGCUUUUUGGAACUCGGUUGGUAAACAACGUCCUUUCGCUGAAAUUCGUCAUUAUGGCUUCAUGCAAAAAUACACCGGAAGAUUUGCCGUCAAAUAAUUCUGAACCAUCUGAGAAAAACGAACCAGUGGUUAAAAAAUUCCCGUCAGAUGUUCUACUACCGUCACUUAAUUGGAACCUGAAAGACGAAGAAGGAGAAAACUCUCGAAAAAGUAUAAACACCUCUUCCCAAUCUCUUAUCGACACAUUGACUGAUAGUCUUGGAGCUAUGAAAUUACUUUGUAAACCAGAUGGUAAGAAAAAUAAAUUGUUUACUUUGGGAAAAGAUGAUCUAAAGUGGUUUGGUAAGGAAAUUCUACAAGACAAUGACGACAAGUUAAAUCUACCCGAAGAGUCAAUAUUUUCUAAUGAGAAUCCAGAAGAAGAUAAUAGCGUUGACGAUAUCUUUACUCCGUUGACUAUUAAUCUUGAAACGUUAAGAGAGGAAAGGGAAAAAUUAGCUGAAGCUAAAAGAAAUGGACCACGAACUGUAGACGACAGGUUUAAGUCUUUUGAGAUAAUUGCCAGAGAAAUGAACAUUACAAACAACAUUUUUUCUCCAAAUGGAACAAGUGACGUUGAAAGUUCAGAGGAAAAUAUAUCUAGCUUUGGAAAUGCUGAGCUUGGCGCGAAAGAGGACAAUAAUUCAGAAUCCAAUUUACUCUUGAACACUGAUUCAAACGUUGCCUCUAUUUCAAAAUCUGAAGUCAUAGCGAAUGCAGAUAUUCAUUUAAAUGCCGGAUCUGACCCAUUCUCCUGCUCUAUUUUAGAGUUAGACAAUACUUCAGACUUGUAUUCUCAAAAUGAAACGUUAAACUCUCCUGCUGAUUCAAAUUCGAACGCUGCUCCAAUGCCUCAACCUUCUUAUCUGAGUGAAAAUAAAAGUCCCUAUACAUCAACUGAAGAAGAUACCUGGUUUAGCAAAACCAAUAACGAAAAGCUAAUUAAAACGAUAUCUCGAUUGACAAAUGCAAAGCCGGUUUUGUCCGAAACGAAUGAGCAAGCAGACAAUGCAGACGAUUGUGACGACUCGGAUUCUUCUUCGAAAUACAUGACUUGGAACGUUCCAUGUCCGAAAGUAUAUUAUGAGAUGACAAGCGAUUUGGAUUCUCAAAACGAGACCAAUGAUGGUAAAAUUUCGGACAGGUCCAACAAAUUUGGAAUUGAUAAGUUUGAAAUCAAUACUUUUUCAAACGCAAAACCGAAAAGUUCGCAAAGAAAUACGCAAGCGGAUAACGCUUUUGGAAGCAAUUCAAAUUUGAAUGAUGACUAUUCACAUUCAGAUACUUAUUCAGAUGCUGAUACCAAUAGAACUGGCUCUGGUAAUACGACUUUUAAUGUUCAUGAAAAUUUAAUUGAUCGUUCAAGUACUGACCAAGAUAUAGAAUCAGACACAGACAGAGAGUUCAGAGCUAUGGAAAAUUUAACAAAAUGGUCUUCUGCUGCAAAAGCUGCUAAAACAGAAAGUUCAAAUUAUAGCCCACUUAGUGCUACUUAUAGUAACAUGAUCGAUGAUUAUGGGGUAGUGCUAGAAGCAGAGACAGAAAAUAGAGACACUAAAAUAAAGGAAUCAAAAAAUCAAAAUAAAAAAUCACCGCCUAAUGGUACUCAUUGUAAACUGGAUGAAUCUCCAUUGCAAUCUAAAGUCUCACUAGUGCCAAUACAGCGGAUAAAAUUGCAAGGUUUCAAUAUACAAAUGCUUUCAGACAGUGAAGACAGUGCUAUUGAAUAUGAAUUGUUGGACGAAGAAUGAAAAGUCCUGAUACAGCCAUCAAAAAUAGCUUUCGAAUUAAUGAUUAUAAUAUUGAUAAAACUUGAGAUGCGACAUUGAAGCAUCUGAAUUGUGGGACAGCUUUUAUGAUUAAAACGCUUGUAAUUGUGAUUGGAAUAAAAAAUUCAACUAUUUCAAGAAAUAGUGAUGCUUCUCCGAUUGAAUCAGCAUUGGAUUCAGACACUCGAAAAAUUUCAAUGGCCAGUGGCUGAUUCAAACUAGCAAUUGAAAUUGGGAGAAUGGUAUCAUUGAAAUUAAUGUGACUGAAUCAGGUUUGAAUUUAAAUUUUUCCUCUCUGUCUUUGCAGUUCUAAAAUUAUUUUGUACAAUGAAAUAAAACAUGAUAUUCUGGAUUUAAAAAUAUAUUUUUAUUUAAAAGAAUUGAUGCUUAUAUUGUAUUUCGAAGAGAAUUUUAACUUUAAAAAGUGUUCAUAAUCAUUUUUCCAUCACUAACUGUCGGGAUAGUUGUGCUCUCCUUAGAAGUCAGAUUUUUUUUAUUUUUCUGUUAAAAGAUAGUAAACGGGUAAAAUUUUUCAAUUGGAUGAACUAAUUCUGUGUAAGGAUUACGCUUUUUUUUUUUGAAAGACCAUCUGGCUGAUCAGUAUUUUUUUGUGCGAUAAGAUUUUACAUAAAAACAAAGCUACCCAAAUUUUUUGUAAUAUUUACCUUCAAGUCUUCAAAUGCUCUUGUGUAGCGAAUCGAAAAAAUGGCCCUUCCAUCCGAUUCUUGACCAUCUACAAUACACCCUGGCCCAACUAAAGUGCUAUAGAUCUGUAAAAUAAGCAGCAUUGUUAAGCCAAUGCUGUGAUUGACCCAGCCCCCAAUUUUUUUGUCUUUGAUCAUGUACUCCUCAUUCAAAUUCCACAGACCUCGAUAGAGAAACAAAAGUGGAACAAAUGCGAUUAUGUGAACGAUAUCUUCGUAAAUUAUCUUUAAUAAUCUAUUGCCCUCUAGUCUGAUGGAAAUUCUAGAUAGAGGAUACUGGCACAGUAGAAGGAAUGAACAUCCUGAAAAGCCUACUAUUAGAGAUACAAUAUCCGAUUUGAAUUUAUCUGAUUUGUAUAUUGUAUUAUCGAGUAUGUUGAAUCCUGAUCUCCAGCAAAAAAUCGCUAAAGGUUGAAUAAAUAUUUGCGUGAAAAAUGCGUCAAACAUAAAUUUUAUUCUAUUUUUUGGGUUUGUAGCAAACCUACAGCAAGGCCGAAUAACAUCUUCUCUAAGGUCAACAGCGAUAUUCAUGGGCGGCCACAUUAAAGUUCGUGUACAUUUUAGCAAACUAAGAACUAGAAUGCUCGAUAGAAAAGAAAUAACACCUUCCUUUACACUUGUGCCGAUGUAGUGAUUAUACAAUUCCCAAAAACCCCUCCAUACAGAUAUGUAGAGAAAUCCGUAAACGACUAAACUCAAUCUAGUAAUAAGUAUUUUAAGCCAUUUUUGUGAUACUAAAGUUAACCUUUUAUCAAUAAAAUAGGCGAAGAUAAAAUAUAGAGAAUAGGUUAAGCUUAAUCCAACUCCAACCAAUAUCCAUAUUCCGCGAACCUUAUUGCUUCUUAGCAAAUAGUAUCCUAAUAUAUCCCAUAUUCCACGCCAAUAGAAUAUCGUAAAUGGAAAGAAUACACAAAUAGCUAAAAAACUAUCUAAUAUCCUUAAAUGUAAAUUCAACAUUUGUUUUAAUCUGAUAAAAUCUUAUCAAAAAACGCAUAAUUGAUUCAUAUUUUAAAUUAUACGCCUAUGUUAAAAGAUGAUAACUGAUUAGAAAGAUCAAAAAUAGAAAAUUGAAUUAAUA